CGUGCUUCAGUCGCUGUUAGUUUGCUGUAUAGUGUAGAAACCAGUAUAGCUCAGUGCAUUAAAAUGCUGUACGCUACAAUUAUUUUUCUCGUUACAAUUACAUCUAGUUACGCGAAGAACUCUACUGAAAAUAGUGUCGCUGCUCGAAUGAGCUUUGCUAUUGAUUAUGAAAAUAAUCAAUUUUUACUUGACGGAAGACCAUUUCGGUAUGUUAGCGGUAGCUUUCACUAUUUUCGCACGCCCAGAGAGUAUUGGAGAGAUCGAUUGAGAAAAAUGAGAGCAGCCGGUUUGAAUGCUAUUUCAACAUAUGUAGAAUGGAGUUUUCAUCAACCUGAGCCAAACAAAUGGAUUUGGAACGGGGAUGCAGAUCUUGUAGAAUUCAUUAAACAAGCGCAAGAUGAAGAUUUGUUAGUUUUAUUAAGACCAGGACCUUAUAUUUGUGCUGAAAGAGACUUUGGCGGCUUCCCAUAUUGGCUACUCACUCUUGUACCAGAUAUAAAACUACGUACUAAUGAUUUACGUUAUUUACAAUAUGCCGAAGAAUACUUGAAUCAAGUUCUGACUAGAGUAACGCCGCUAUUGAGAGGUAACGGCGGACCUAUCAUCAUGGUUCAGGUGGAAAAUGAAUAUGGAAGUUUUGAUGCAUGCGAUAAACAUUACACGAAACGAUUGAGAGACAUAAUAAAAAACCACGUUCAGGAUAACGCAGUUCUCUAUACAACUGACGGUGCAUACCGCCAAGCAUUACGUUGUGGGCCCAUACCAGGAGUUUACGCAACAGUCGACUUUGGUACGGCAACUAAUAUUACUCAAAAUUUCAAAUAUAUGCGGGAAAUUGAACCGAAGGGACCAUUAGUAAAUUCAGAAUUUUAUCCUGGAUGGCUGUCACAUUGGGAAGAACCCUUUCAAAGGGUGGAAACUAAAAGGAUAACCAAAAUGUUAGACGAUAUGUUAUCACUUGGAGCAUCGGUCAAUUUCUACAUGUUCUACGGAGGAACAAAUUUUGCUUUCACUGCGGGCUCUAACAUAUUCAAAAAUUAUACUCCGGAUUUAACAUCUUACGAUUACGAUGCUCCCCUUACUGAAGCUGGAGAUCCUACUUCCAAAUAUUUUGAAAUCAGAAAAACUAUUUCAAAGUAUCUUCCAUUACCUAACAUACCGAUACCACCAGUAUCUUUAAAAGGCGAGUAUGGGAUUGUAAAAAUGAGACCAGUUUUGCGAUUGUUUGAUCCUGAAGCACGUAGCUUAUUUGGUACUGAAGUGGUAUAUUCAAAGGAACCGCUUACGUUUGAGGCCCUUAACAUUCCAAAUUGGCUUGUUUUGUACGAGGCCAAUUUACCAUCAUUCGAUAUCUCAAAUAAUAAUGCUAUAUUAAAGGCUAGUCCAAAAGACAGAGCAUUAAUUUAUUUUGAUGGUGAAUUUGCCGGCACUUUCAGCCGAACUCACAAUGUAAAAAGUCGACUUUUGGGACCAACAAAUGCUAAAAGCCUUCAAAUAUUAGUGGAAAACCAAGGACGUGUCAAUUUUGGUAAUGUAGACGUUGAAGAUUUCAAGGGAAUUUUUAAUGUUACACUGAACGAUGUCACAAUUUCACCAUGGAAUAUUACUGGCUUCAGAUUUGAUACCAUUUUUGAAUCGAUUUUAACUGCAAUAAAAUCACCGACGGCUGAAAUGGAAACAUUAGUUAGCGGACCGCAAAUAUUAAUUGGGCAUUUCGAUGUAAUCGGAGUUCCCCGAGAUACUUACUUAAAUACAGCUGAAUGGGGAAAAGGAGCAGCCUUUGUUAACGAUCGUAAUCUUGGUAGAUAUUGGCCUCUUGUAGGACCUCAAAUGACUUUGUACGUUCCUGCUGCAUAUUUAAAGGAAGGAAAGAACACCUUAGUUUUGGUUGAGUUGGAAUAUGUUCCUGUAAAUCGCAAAAUCAAUUUUCAAACAGUUCCAGUAUUAGAUUAUACUAACAACGCAACCAAAGUUGAAAACGUGUCAAAAAUGAAUAUCACAAAUAAGACAUCCACUGCAAAUAUGGGAUAUUUUUGGAUAGUAUUUUGCUUGUUUAGUUUAUUGGGAUCAAAUAGUUCUGCAUAUUCUUCUGAAAAUAAUAAUAUGGAAAGUUAUAGUUUUGAAAUCGAUUAUGAAAAUGAUCAAUUUUUACUUGAUGGAAAACCAUUUCGCUAUGUAUCAGGAAGUUUUCAUUACUUCAGAGCUCCUAGACAAAAUUGGAGAAAUAUUCUCAGAAAAAUGAGGGCUGCUGGAUUAAAUGCAGUUUCAACUUAUGUCGAAUGGAGUAUGCAUGAACCUGAAUUUAAUAAGUGGGUUUGGGAUGGCGACGCAGAUAUUAUUGAGUUUAUCAAUAUAGCGCAAGAAGAAGAUUUACUGGUUAUUUUACGUCCUGGUCCUUACAUUUGUGCCGAAAGAGAUUUUGGAGGUUUUCCAUAUUGGUUAUUGAAUCGGGUACCUGAUAUCAGAUUGAGAACCAGAGAUGAAAGGUACAUUUAUUAUGCAGAGAGAUUCUUGAACCAAAUAUUGGGACGAACGAAACAUUUACUAAGAGGAAAUGGCGGCCCAAUUAUUAUGGUUCAGGUGGAAAACGAGUAUGGAAGUUUUUAUUCUUGCGAUGAUGUGUACAAAGCAAAACUAUACGACAUUUUUCAUCGUCACGUCAAAGAUAAAGCAGUUUUAUUCACUACCGAUGGACCAAAUAGUAGAAUGAUGCAGUGCGGAGGCGUUCCUGAAACUUAUGGAACAGUAGAUUUUGGAAGUGGUGCGAAUGUGAAGCUUCAGUUUAAACUUAUGAGAAAACAUACGCCCAAGGGACCUUAUGUAAAUUCCGAAUACUAUCCCGGGUGGCUUACACACUGGGGUGAGAAUUUUCAAAGAGUCGGCACUGAAGGAGUAGCUCAAACUUUAGAUGAAAUGUUAGCAUACAAUGCCUCUGUAAACUUUUAUAUGUUUUAUGGUGGUACUAACUUUGGAUUCACGUCUGGUGCAAACAUAAAUGAAAAUUAUUGGCCUCAAAUAACCUCUUAUGAUUAUGAUGCACCCCUUACUGAAGCUGGAGAUCCAACACCGAAGUAUUUCCAAUUAAGAAAAGUGAUAUCAAAGUAUUUGCCUCUGCCUAAUUUGGAAAUUCCGACUGUUGCAUCAAAGGGAAAUUAUGGAGCUGUAAAUAUGAAACCAAUGCUUGAUCUAUUUACUAAAGAAGGUAGAGAAAUUUUUGGAACACCUCGAUCAACAUUUGUCGAACCACCGACAUUUGAAAGCUUAGGUUUGCCAAAUUGGUUGGUUCUCUACGAAGCUAAUUUACCAUUAUUCGAUGACGACGAAAACAACGUCGUACUUGAGGCAUUAGUCAAAGACAGAGCUUUGGUUUACAUCGAUCACGAAAAUACAGGUGUCAUGAAUCGAAUGGAUAAAAGUUACACUCUUCCGUUAGCAUUUACAGGAAGAAAAUUGCAAAUCCUUGUCGAGAAUUUAGGUCGCGUAAACUAUGGCGAUAUUGACACUGAAGAUUUCAAGGGUAUUUUUGAUGUAAGCGCUAAUAAUAUCACAAUCACAUCGUGGGACGUGACUGGUUUCAAAUUAAACUCUGUAACAGACAACUUCUUCAGCCAAAAAAAGACAGCAGGCCAAAUAGGAAAACUUUCUCAAGGUCCACAAUUUCUCGUAGGAUAUUUUGACAUCAGUGGCAAGCCUCUGGAUACUUACUUAAACACUGAAGGAUGGGGCAAAGGAGUGAUUUACAUUAACGGUCACAAUCUUGGCAGAUACUGGACUAUCGGACCGCAAAUAACCUUAUACGUGCCAGCAGCAUUUCUGAAGUCUGGAAAAAAUAACCUAGUCGUACUGGAACUCGAGAAAGUUCCUGAAGGUAGAAAAAUCGAGUUUCAAAUUACGCCUUUCUUAGAUUACUCUUCCGACUACCUCGAUUUUAUAUAGUGAUAUUUUAAUCGGUCACGAUAUGAUUGAUUAUUUGCGGAAUAUAAAUCUGUCUUUAUGCUCAGUGAUUGAUCCACAGUGUGAUUAGAGUACAAUUUGUGUAUGCGUGUGUUGUUGUAGCUGGUGGUACAUUUGCAGAGCAUUUAUUUUUAUAAUAUAAUUUCUUAAACUACAAUAUAUCUUCUGUUUUAUUUACAAAAUAAAAAUCUGAUUUACCGUAAUUUUAUAUUUUAUACGAUUUUUUCCUUUAUAUACAUACUUUUUAUAAAGGUUCCGGUGAGGGGAAGCGGAUAUCAUGCGCAAGAAUGUUAGCUGUAGUAACUAAAACACUAGCUUUUGAAAAACGUGCGUUAAAAACAUUUUUAAUAUCUUUUGUAAAUACUCUCACAAUACACAACGUAACAAUUUUUCUUUGAAUAAAAUAAAACCUUGACUCACGUUAUUAGUUCGAGUUUUGAGGUACUACUUUUUAUGAUAAAAUGAAUUGAAUUAUAUGUAUACAUUGGUAAUCUGUCUGUUUGCACACGAAGAACGUUUUAAAUGCUACUACAAAAAAUUAAUAAU